GCCGACCAUGGGCGGGCGCCCAAAUAUUUGCUCCUUUGCGGCGCAUGGAGCUUAGUGUUGAAAUGGCACGCCGCAAAGCCGAGGCCGCCCCGACGUGCCAGUACACGUACAAGGUGUGCACCAAUAUCCGCUCGACCAAGCGCAACGGCAGCCUCCACCUCCUUUGUGACUACCACCGCAAAAAAGCCAACGCGAUCCAGCGUGCGUAUGCCAACAAGAAGCGGCAGCAGCAACCAUCACGAGUGGCUCCAGUCGCUGAGAGCAACGAGACCCCGCAAGCGAUGACGACACCGCCGACAACAACACGGCGAGGAUCCGCUCGAACGACCGACGACACGCAACCACCAGCUGCAGCAACACCCUGCGGCUCGGAGCUGGCCAAGACAAAGAAGAACCCGAAGAAGGAACCGGAGCCCACGAUUGCGUUUACGAGCGUCUUGGACACGUUGGUGCCACCGUCGUUUCCGACCGAGGAGCCACCGCCCGAGUACCCGAUGUGGGAGUACCUCGAGACGAUUUUGUUUGAAACCUAAUCGUCGUCAGUCGCAUCACGACGAGCGGAAGUGUACUUCCCAUACAUAUGUAUUAUAAACAGUAGUGUUAUCAUGUCCAGUCAACAAAGCACGCC